AAGCCUAGUAAGCGCUCAAGAAGCCUAUCUGUAAAGAUCGAAUGACUCCUGGGUUGGCCCUGCAGGGAGAGGAUCGGCCAGGAGAGGGUGCCACAGGGACUUACCUCUGUGAGGAGGGCGGGGCCAGGAGCACUCCCCCCCCCCCUCCCGCUGUUAGCCGCGAUGGCGGCGGCUGGCAGCGGGCUGGAGGCAGCGACCCUUCAGAAGCUUGCGCUGCGGCGGAAGAAGGUGCUGAGCGCCGAAGAGAUGGAGUUGUACGAGCUGGCACAGGCAGCGGGCGUCGCCAUUGACCCCGACGUGUUCAAGAUCCUGGUGGACCUGCUGAAUCUGAACGUGGCCCCUCUUGCCGUCUUCCAGAUGCUCAAGUCUAUGUGCGCCGGGCAGAGGCUGGCGAGCGAUGCCCAGGACCCUGCAGCUAUGUCUCUGCCCACCACCAGCGUGCCUGAGACUCGAGAGGCCUCCUUCUCUGCCAGGAACAGUACCCCCCCUGCAAGGUCUUCCUUUUCCUCAGCCCUGCGGCCUGCGGCCUCUCCAGUACUGCUCCACGGCCCAGCUGCCAUGCACUCGCCUCUCUCUCCAGGGCCCCCUGCUUCCCUCCGGUUCUCUUGCUGCCUGUUCUCUCCUUUCACAGGGAGGAACAGAGGCGGCCCUGCUCUCGGUGGAGUACCCACACUGGUAGAACGCAGCAGCCGAGAAGGAUCAAGCCAGAGGAUGCCCCGCCAGCCCAGUGCUACCAGGCUGCCCAAGGGGAGCGGACCUGGGAAGAGCACCUCUCGCAGCAGCACAUAGUGUGGGAGCAGAGACUGCUUUGCCCACCUUCUGGGUGCCAUCAUUCUCUCAACAGAGGCUGCAUGUUGUUUCCUUCUGUAAACCUUUCUAAAAGCUGAUGGCCUGGUUCAGGCAAUCAAAAUUUAGAUUGUAUUAAAGCACAAAGAUUGCUGGGUGUUGA